CGCCUAUCCACGUCCUGGGGGCUUCACGUUAUUCUAGUUGUUCACCGAGGCGCCUGUUUACAUUCUAUCCUUGUGUUAUCCAUCAAAGACGCAUAUUUCUCCACAUGCAUCGCUCAGAGUCAUAGAGACACGGCUGGUGAAGUAGACGGGAGCUCUCGGCGGGUGAUCACAAGGUCUUCCCGGCAUUACAGGCGCGCUGUGGUCGCACUCGGCUCGGGGGCCUUCCUCACAGAGCAGACGGUGGCGGCCAAGAUGUCGACCAAGAAUUUUCGCGUUAGUGACGGAGACUGGAUCUGUCCGGAUAAGAAAUGUGGGAAUGUAAACUUCGCCAGAAGGACAAGCUGCAACCGCUGUGGACGAGAGAAAACAACGGAUGCUAAAAUGAUGAAGGCCGGAGGGACCGAGAUUGGAAAAACUCUGGCAGAGAAGAGCCGGGGAUUGUUCAGCGCCAAUGACUGGCAAUGCAAAACUUGUGGAAAUGUAAACUGGGCAAGAAGAUCAGAGUGUAACAUGUGCAAUACCCCAAAGUAUGCGAAACUGGAGGAGAGGACAGGUUAUGGUGGAGGAUUUAAUGAACGUGAGAACGUGGAAUACAUAGAGCGGGAGGAAUCUGAUGGAGAGUAUGAUGAGUUUGGACGAAAAAAGAAGAAAUACAGAGGAAAGCCGCCAUCCAGUACAAAGACCAUACUUAAAGCUGAUGAAAAGGUGUCUGGAGGGGAAGAGGAGGAGGAGGAGGAAGGUGAUGAAGAGGAUGAUGAAGAGGAAGGAGAUCUGUCAAAAUAUAUGUUGGAUGAUGACGAUGAUGAGGAUGGUGACCUUUCAAAAUAUAACCUUACCAGUGAUGAUGAGGAUGCUAGUAAAAAUACGAAAUCCGCAACCGACAAACCGAAAUCCAAAUCCCCAUGUUCCCGCUCCUCCUCCCAUACAAGCUCAAGGUCUAGGUCCAGAUCCCAUUCAAGAAGCUCUUCCAGCUCCAGAUCAGGAUCUGGUUCCAGCUCAAGAAACCGAUCUCGAGGUUCAAAAUCAAGAUCCAGCUCCAGGUCCCACCGAGGUUCUUCUUCCCCCAGAAAAAGAUCUUACGCAAGUUCCCACUCGUCGUCCUCUUCAGAGAGAGGAAAGAAAAGAAGCCGCUCCAGAUCUUCAUCUGGUGACCGCAAAAAAAGGCGAUCAAGAUCACGGUCAACAGAAAGGCGCAGACAUUCUCCCGCCGGAUCGGCUCACUCUGGCUCCCGUUCGUCGAGUUCCAAAAAGAAAUAAAAAAAAAAAAAUUUACUUAGGAAAUAAACCUCACGAGCAGAAUAUAUAAAAACAAAAACACACAACAACAAAAAAAAAGGAGCAGUAAAGAGAGGCCUCAUGAACCACACUCAGCCGCCGUAGUAGAGGUCGCGCGCGCGACGCUCCCGUGCUUCCGCUACAACCACACACACCCCUAACCCAACCGUAGCAUUUUAAGCCAUAAGUCCAGAACCGCGUGUCUUCCCCCCUCCCCCUCUACCUCUUACCAUAGGAAGCAGGACACACUAGAUGGCAAUAAUAUGGCUUAGACUUUUUGUUUUAAAACCUUGUGACACGCCCUAUGAAUGGAAUUGUAUUUUGGGUAUUGCCUUUUUUUUUUUUUUUUUGUGUGUGUAUUUACAUGCUCGCCCCCCGAUAGCAGGAUAAUGUGAAUUUCUCUCCACCAUUGCAAUCCUUAUGGCUUAAAAUGCACAUAAUGCGAAAGUGAAAGUGAAACUGAAUGACGGCCUGUAGCUAAAACCUUUUAAUAUUUUCGUGGUGUUACAAGGUAAGUAUUUGUGUUACUCAAUCUUGGCGUCAUGCUGGAACACCAGAGAUGACUCAAAUACACAGGUCAACUCCUAGGGUGGUGGUUCCUAACCAAGGUGCCUCCAGCUGUUGCAAAACUACAACUCCCAGCAUGCCCGGACAGCCGAAGGCUGUCCGGGCAUGCUGGGAGUUGUAGUUUUACAACAGCUGGAGGCAUCCUUUUUAGGAAACUCAUACCUGCACAUCCCAAAUCCCGAUACUCUGCCCCACCUCCUAUUUGACCCUAUGACGAGUCAGUGUCCCCACUACUUUACCCCCCGUUGCAGCCAUAAUCGUACUUAUUUGUGUUCCAUCUACUCUUCAGUGUAACCCGUCACAUGGAGUAUAGCUGUAUUUUUUUUUUGUGCCUAAAGCUGCCUAUAAAGUAAUAUGUACGAAAAACCUCCUCUGUGUGGCGCUGUCGCUCUAAUUCACCCGCAUCCAUCUAUGUACUCAAUGGGUGGGAGGAUCGUGCCGUUCUAAAGGAGACGUCUCAACUAAAACAAAUAUUAUUAGAUUGAAUUUUGUCUGAUUUGGCUAUAUAUAAAAUGUAGUUCUUUUUAGGAUGGUGACUUUUUUUUUUUUAGUUUUUUUAAUUUUAUUUUAAAUUUUUUUAUUUUUAUUUUUAAAAUACUGUAGACAUGUGACAAUAAAACACUGACUCUCCCGCA